ACGCGCGUGACGUCGCGGCGUGGGGCUUCGCUGGUUUCCUCAAACCCUUACCCAACUGAUAUUGUGUGAAUAAAAAACAACUGGAAGGCGACCGGCCGACGAGGGGGCUGCUUAGUCGGACAGAAGAGGGGAAAGCACGCGGACCCGGUGGCCCUCGUCGCCCGAAGCAGACUCGGCCGCUUGUUCUGAAACGUGUCCUUUUUGUUGUUUGCUUUUAUUAAGCGAAGAAGAAGAAGACGGCGAAAACCCCUCUCUUCCACACCCACCGAAGGGUUUCUUUCUCUUUUUGUCUGUCUGUCGGAAGGCGGGGAAUACAAAGUGACGUGUGCUCAACCCCCCGUUGCAUUUAGGACUCUGGAGCAAAAAGAAAUAACAUAAACUGGAUUAACAACAACGCGAGCUCGCGCUGCUGUGCCUGGUCAGCGAGAGUACAUGGAUUAUCUGUUCCCAUCGAGACUGCAGGAUGAGUCCGGGCCCGAUGUGGUUUGUCGACGUCAUCGUUUGUUAUCGCGCGACAUCGAGAGCAGUUUACCGGAAAAUUGUUUCCGGGCUCUGUGCUGUAAAGGACCGCCGCCGCCGAGACCGGAGUACGAUGUGGUGUGCAUCGGUCUGACCGGCGCCGGCAAGACCAGCCUGCUGUCACGGCUCUGCAGCGAGGGCAACGGCGGCGUCGGCCCGACAACAGGUUUCAGCAUCAAGGCAGUGCCGUUUCCAAAUGCCAUCCUGAAUGUGAAAGAACUCGGAGGAGCGGACAACAUCAAGAAGUAUUGGAGUCGUUACUACCAGGGGUCGCAGGGCGUCGUCUUCGUGUUGGACAGCGCCUCGUCGGAUGAGGACCUCGAGGCCGCCCGCAACGAGCUCCACUCGGCUCUGCAGCAUCCGCAGCUGUGCACACUGCCUUUCCUCAUCCUCGCCAACCACCAGGACAAGCCUGCGGCACGGACGCCAAGCCAGAAUCCAGAUUCGACAUUGAGAUUCUUCUUCAGAGCAGCUGUGCGAGCCGGAGUCCACAACUCCCGUCCAAUGGGACGCUGUCAUCGACCACAGGGGGAGGGUCAUGAUGGCGGCGACCAUGUAACCGUACAGAACUCUGCUCUGAGGCCUCUCGCUGCACCCAUCCUCCACAAACUGUGAGCCGUCCUCUCGUCGUCCUAAACUGACGUUUUCUCCAAAUAAUCCACCGUCAACAGUUUUCUUUGGGACAAUUCUUUUCUUCGUUUUUUUUUGGGAAGACAACUGAAAGCUGUAGUGGCGAGUGAGGUUUGUGGAUUAUCCGGAGAAGUUGCGGCCUCAUUUUUUUAAUAAUUUUUUUUCUUUCAAUACCACGGACAUGACAUCAGCGGGAAUGUCAGAGACAUAAAAUAUGAUAUCUGUAAUUCAUGUGAAUCAUGGGAAUUCAUUACAAUUACAUAAGACAUGAGAUCCUGUCCAAUACCUGCCAACGCCAUAAAACAUUGUUUAUAUGGCUAUCAAAAUAUUAGGGCCGAGUGUAAUACUGAAUACUUUGAGCCGAUGUUUGUGCCCCCCCCCCCCCCCUCCCACCACCACCACCACCACGACUGAUCAGAGCGGCGGUGACGCCGGCGUCCGCGGCGUAAUGAUUUUGAACAAUGCCGCCGCGCCGCCAUUCUCGUUCCGCAUACAUUAUUGUGCUUGUAGGCCAAGACGCGCGGAAUGCUUUCAACUUUUAUGAUGCAAAGUUGUGCCAAGAUUGUUUUUUUCUUCCCUCUCCGAGGGGAUUUCAAAGGGAAAAGCAACACACAUGCUGUCAUUCAUGUCCGGCCGCUCAGAUGGACCAUUACACUCAUAUCAGAUCGCCGUGUUUGAUGUGCCGAGUGACGGAACAAAAUAAAUAGCGAGCGCAAGACUGUGAAAGAUUUGCAAUGCAGUGAGUUAAUUAACGAAGGGCUGCGAUACCAAUUAGGCGCCCAUGAUUGGUGUGUGAAUAUCAGUGCGGUCACGCAGUGUGGGACUGGGCGUAACACAAAGAGCGUAAACAAGAGCUGGCAGCGUAAAGAGCUUUCAACCACAUCUCAACGGGGAAGAGAAAUGUAAUUAGCUAGUGUUUUAACUUAUGGAAAUCUUACCUUUGAAGGCAAAUAACAAGAACAAAAGGGCAGUAUCUGCUUCGUAUAAAAGCUUUUCGGCAAUAAACUUGAAAUAUGUGGAAAAGAUGAUCGGGCUCUUGAACGUGAGCCGACGAACAUACCUCAACCAUUAACUGUUUUCUUUUAUUUGUCGGUAUAAUGUGGAGCUCCAGCGGACGGGAUGGCAGGACAUUAAUUGGAAAACAGUUUGAAAAUGGACUUGAAACAUUUUAAACUUAUUUUACAAGCCAAACACUCCUUAAUUUGAACUUCUCAAGGAUUUCAUGUUUUUUAUUGUUCUGAAUGAUGAUGGACUAAAUAUUUUAGUAAUCUCGCAGCUCAAGUGUUUGUAGUGCCACAGAAACGAGUCCAAAGAAAAUCUAAAUCAAGUUGGCGUUGCAGGUUUCACAAAAAAAAAAAAAGGUAUUGAUGUUCACAUUUGAGAUCAAUGCUCAGAAAACAUAACCUCACAAUGCACAGAUGUCCUAAUAAAAAAAGAAAGAAAGUCCUUUCAGUGUUAAUGCAGCUCUGGAAACACUGAACCAAUCCAGGUAACAGGAGAGAGCACGCAGGAAAGAAUGUCUGUGGUUUUGGCCUCCAGAUAUGUUUUUCCCCGUGUUUAAUCUGGUGCUAAUUGUAAUAAUAUGUCCCCCCCCCUUUCCCUCUUUUUUUUUUGCUGUUGCACAACUCGACUCAGA